AUGUCUCUGACACGCCUGCUCGCCAAGGUCCGCAAGUCCCUAAGACGCAAGGAGCAUGGAAGCGCUGUCGGAGAGAGGCAGUUGCAAUGCCAUUCCAUGGAGCAUGCGCCCAGGGUCAGUGCUUUUUCCUUUGAAGAAGAUGACGGCACAGAUAGUGCCAAUGUUGAGGAGCUUCUCUACUCAGCACAACCACAUGCCUUCAACCCUUCGGUGGAUGCGUCGACAGCACAUCAAGCGCAAUAUCCACCCGUUUCUUUCGCCCGGUUCUCUGGAAUUCAGCCUGACACAUACAGUGAAGAAGAGCGCAUUGCUUCCACUGGCCGCCACUCGUUGCGCUUUCCGACAUUUGGUGGUGCGAGCUCCCAAGAAACUCUCCCCGAACUGUCUAUCUCUGCUGGCCUCUCGAAGGCAGCAGCGCGACUCGAACAUCCUGCGUUGAUAGAAAAGAUCCCCCAGGGUUGUGUGCAGUCGCACCACGCGAUCAAAGACACGCCACCUCCGUUCGUUCGCCAUUCAGCCCCGGAGCGACACCAUAAAGGGCCGAUGAAGCAAGCCCAGAUCAUCGAGCAAGACCGAAGAGAGCUGCAGGAAGCAUGCUUAGCGAAGGAUACUGAGUUGGAGUGUCUCUCCCAACGACUCGAGCAAGUCUGCCAGGAAUUGGAUACCACACAAGGCAGUCUUGAAAAGGCAGUCGAGCAGCUCGUUGUCCGUGAGCAGCAAUGCAGCAGGAUGAGAGACGAGCAGAAUGCACUCAUGACGGAAAAGAGAGUUGCCGUCGACGCUUUUGCUGCAAAGCAUCAUGAGCUUGAGGCUCUGAGGGAGACGCAUGCUAUUUCCAACAAGAAGCAUGACCGGCGAGUCCGUUCUCUCCUGAAAUGCCGAGCAAAGAAGAAACGAGAGCUGAAGCUCAGGAUAGGUGACCUCGAGCAAGAGCUAUUUACGACGCAACGGCAGCUUCGUGAGUCGGAGUUGUCGAUCGCUCAGCGUGAUCACACGCACGUUGAGAUUGCAAGGCUACGCCAAACUGAAGCGGAGCUGGUUGCCGCAGACGAGCAGCUGGACGCACGACAGCGCCAGGUGGAGGCUUUGCAAGAGGAGAGAGAAGCGGAGCUCGAGGAGUUGAAGCUGGCUCAGAGUGAAGCUUACAGCUUGACGCAGAAGCUGCGCUCCACCGAGCGCACUCUCAAGGAUCGAGAAGUAGCGUUGGAGGCGUCCAAGCAAAACAAUAAGGACCUCAUUCUGGAAAUUCGUUGCUUGAAGCAGCGCGUUGCUGAGGCUCAGAGUCAUCGUCUCACCGUUUAA